CCUUUAUCAUAGACCAUGAACUGCAGAUCUGUAUAGCAAAUUAACUCUGAACAUGGGUAGAUAUUGAUUUAAUCUUACUUUAAUUUAGCAGACAUACAUUAACCUGUUUACAUUUUAUAUAUGUAUGCAUAUCUUACAGUUUCAAAUAGUGAUUAUAUGUUUGUGUCCACUGGGGGCUUGUUUUGGAACAGUUCCUUACUCUCAUUUGCUUGGACUGACUAACACAGAAAGCAGAGCUCAGAGAUCCUGUUUUCUGCCAAGAUCUCCUUGUGUGUAUUAUCUUGAGAAUCCAAGACAAACUCCUGGGGAGGUCUCUACCAGUGAGGGGUCAACAGCAGUAGACAAAAGGUCCAUAAUGGUUUGGGGUUAAAGGUUAACUGAAACCUCAUUAUGAGCAGCCCCCACCUGGCUCAACUUCCUGUAUUUGUUCGUCAUUCACCCCAUGCAACGUCUGUGAUCAACGCAUGAACUCGGAGUUGUGAAACAACUGGAAAUUUGGAGCAGCGCCCCUUUCACUGUUCCUCAUCCUGUGCCUUCCUUUUUUUUUUUUCUUUCCCCUGACUGUCCCCCCUCCUUCCCCUGCCAACUCCCCCCAACUCUGAGCUCCUCCUCUGCUGAAAAGACACAUUUCCUGAUGUCAUUACUAAAUCAAAAUGCUGCUCGGCAAACAGAUGUUGUGAGAGGCCCAACAUGUGGAUCCAGUGACACAAAUUCACAAGUUGGUCGUGAGAAAACAUGCACCAUACGUUCCAUUUUUCAUUCAGUCAAUGAAAGCAGCUCUCUCUCACUUCUCUUUAAAGUGGUGAGCAGUGACAGAGAGAAAGUACCUUGCAGAUGUAGCACACACACAUGCGCUCCUCGUGGCAUAAAAGAACAAAAAUUUUCCCACACUCUUUCUUUUUUUUUUGUCUGUUUUCUUUACUGGCAUGUGGGUGUAAAGACAGAUGGACUUUUAAACAGCUGGUCAGCAACAACUUGUUCCAGGUUUGGGCAAAUUAACCUAAAUAUGAAAUCAUGGCUGUCUGCACAGCACACCCUGCAGAGUCAUGAUUACAUCCACCCCAAAACGCUAAGCCCUAAAUGUUUACUUAUGUUUCCUAUUUGGCAGAGGCAGCCCAAAAGGCAAAUAAAUCACAUGCUGUGAGCUGGCCAGGCCUUCGACUGUGAGAAACUGAGACUAAAAAGCAGAACAAGAGUUAAAGAGUAAGGGUUUUCAGAUGUGAGUCCAGCCCAGCUUGGGUGUGCUCCCUUUUAUUUGGGAGAAUGGAGAGGACAAUCUUUGUUGCCUCCACCCCUUUAAAAAAGGAAGAAAAUCCUAAAGAAACGUGUGCUGGAGAGGGGAAGAACUGCUGCCAAGGCGCAGGGCCGUCAGACAGAUCUUCGAAGAACAUCUGGUAACCGCGGGUAACACUGUUUGGACAUCUGGUAACCGAAGGUUACACUGCGUCUCUUCCAUCCUGCCGGGUUUCCUGUUAUGCCUCGCUGUACACAGUCUAAGAGGUUUAGGUUUAUUAUACAUGGUCAUCAGUUGGAGAAAGCGCACCUUUAUUCAUUUUUUCUGACAUGAAGGGAGCACUUGGUUUCAUUGGGGUAUUCCUCUCCUUUCUCUCCGACGCCACUUACGGAGAGUCUGCCUUGAAAUUUGCUUGUGGGAAUAUUUCGCACAGUUGUAUGUACUAUUGCAACUUCUGUAAUGAUAUACAUGGCGCUCCAACAAUGGGUUGCCUUUCAAUCCUGUCAACACAUCUGUGUCUCAGAAAUUUUGAGAGUGCGAUGGCAUCACUGAACAGCACUGACUGGUGCAUUUGGGAUAAUGUGAGAGGUUUGUAUAGUAACUUAAGCCUCUGCACAGAGGACAUCUCUGACUGUCUCUUGAUCCCAUGGCCCAACCCUCUGGUGGAAGAGACCUUUGUGAACAUUCAUGCCGAGUUUUUCAAGGAUUGUCCCACAGAGGAGCUGAGCGACCCGCCGCCGGUCAUCGUCUUCGCCCUGGUGAUAACUCCCAUCUGCCUGAUCCCUGUCAUGGUCAGCCUUGUGGUGCUCAAGACUAAGAAUGGAGACGGCAGCUCCUGAAAAGUCUCUGCUCUGCUCACUUUCUUUUGGACCUAUGCUCUUCCCCUUUUUUUCCCAACCUGAGGACUGCAUAUUUACACAUAGGCUGCUGCUGCGCUUUCAUCUCACCAGUGGAGGCAUGACUCUUUCUGACAAAGUUCACUGGCACUAACCCAAUUCAGUGGAAUUUGGAAACAUGGGCGAUAGAGAAAGCCUAUCAAUAGACGAUUGUGAUUCUGAGUUAAUGUCAAAUCCGGAGUCAUCACAAUUAUUCAGUGACACACUUCCUGGUGUUUUAAAGAGACUCACUGUGACAAAAUCUUUGUUAUUAUAAACUCAUGUACUGUACUGCACUGUGCUGUGUCUCAUUAACACUUUUAAAGAAGACACUAUGACACAACACCGGACUGGAAAUCUGAACAUUGAUGGUAUUUGGUUACAGCCAAACUGGGUGCACAUGUUCAGAAAACAGCUUAAUUUAUAAUGGAAAAAAACCAAUAUUCAGGUUUAUGGUGACAAAAGCUCUCAGGCUUGCAACAGUAAAAGCAAAAAUAUAUUUGUGUUGACACUCCUCAUUAUGUUGGACAUCAGUUGUGUUGGUAAAACACCAGGUAUUUUUUUAAAAUAGUGAACUCCUGAAGUCUUCAAAUUCUGCUUUGAGCCUCUUAUUAGACAACGUACAGUCUAUUCACUUCAAGCCUGAACUGAAUACAGGUUAUGUGUUCAUAUGUGAUAUAUGAAAAGGGUCCUCUAUGUACAUACAGGGAGGACAGGAAAAAGGAGUAUGGUCUGAAACAUGGAUGUGGUUAUGUGAGUCAUAGUGUAUGGAAGGUUUGGAGUCAGAGGUUACAGAUGGGACACAAAGAAUGGAUACGCCCAGAGACAGAGAUCUCUUUCUCUAUUUUCGAACAGCGAUAAAUCUUUCAGCACUUUCCACUGUCCAAACGGUGACAAUCCUCAUGAUGAUAUAAUGAUGAGCUUAUUGAAGCAAAGUUGAUCUAACAUCUAACAUCCUGUUCAGACAAAAGACAUUUAGUUUGUCCAUGCAGCAUAGUGAUGAACACUGAGUGAUGACACAAAGAUAAAAGUGUUAUCUUUCGCCUGGAUCUUGAUAACGUAUGCGUAUGUAUUGUUACGACCAGAAAGCCACUGUAAGUGCUUUCAGAUUUUGAACAAAAUGUGUAUUUAUAUACUGUGCUACUUUUCUGCCAUCGUCAGGACUUACUGUACUGUCUGAGAACACAUUCUGCCUGCUCUCACACCAUGUACUGUAUGCAUUUUGAUAUACUUUUUUUAUAUUUUAUACAAUUAAAUGUACAGUUGGA